AUGCCAAGCCCCCCCCCUGAAAUGGUCAACAUCCUCUCCCACCUGAGGUUCGGAGAGCUGGAUGAAGACCUCACUGGCCUAAACAACUCCAACGUCCUCACCACCCAAGCCGCCGAGCUGCUCAGCGCGGAGUCUACUACACACGCUGAACGCCUUUUUCUCACCCUCCUACUGGGCAUGGUUAAUCAAAACGCCAUCCUACAAAGACAGAUCGAAGGACUCAAGGACGACUUCGAAGAAGCCAUGACCAAACACUCCAACCUGACUACGACAAUUACCAACCGCCUCGAGCGAAUCGAAGGUCGCCUAGUCACCCCCCCUGCUGCAACCCCUCCCCCCCAACGAAUACCCCCCAACACCAAAACGCCCACGCCCCCGCCAAAUCCUAUCUACAGGCAGCCCAGGAGAACCUUCAACAGUGGGAAACUGCCCCAAAGCGAGGACGUAACAAGACACAGGCCCCCCCCCAGACUUCGAAAAACACUACAACCUUCCCAGCAUCCCAACGCCGCUUCUUUGCCACCAGGACAUCUGCCACCCCCGUUAACGCGGCCGAGCAAGUAG